AGGUUAAAGUUUAUUUCAUUAUAUCAAAAAACAACAUGGACGUUGUGAACAAGAUUUUAGAAAAUUCAGCCCUGGAGGCUGAAAAAUUCAAAUCUAUUUCAGUAGAGAAAAAUCUUGAACUGGAAUACGACUUGGGAACACUUCUGGCUAUUGAUAAUAACGAUUUUGAUCUAAAACUUUUGAGUCAACGGAAGAACGACUAUUUACUAGAUUUGGCUAGAGAUAAUACACAGUUAUUGCUCAAUCAGAUAUGGGAACUACCUACUGAACGAGUUGAAGAAGCUAUUGUAGUGAAACUUCCACCCCAGAAAACUGUGUUACCUCGCAUGAAACCAGUGCCUAGACCAAGACCACUCACGAAAUGGCAACAGUUUGCCAAGGAAAAAGGUAUCCAGAAAAAGAAAAAGAGUAAAUUGUCUUGGGAUGAACAAUUGAAAAAGUGGGUUCCAUUGUAUGGCUUCAAAAAAGCCAAAGCAGAAAUUGAGAAGGAUUGGGUACUAGAAGUUCCUGGGAAUGCUGAUCCCAUGGAAGAUCAAUUUGCCAAGAAAAUUCAAGCCAAGAGUGAACGUGUAUCCAAAAAUGAACUGCAGAGGUUAAGGAAUAUUGCAAAGGCAAAGAAAGUCAAGGUGCCUCGUGUUGGAGUGAUGAACCCAGAUGUAUCCUCAGCUAAAGAUUUACAAACUGCUGUUACGGUGGCCAAGGCAUCAACAGCCAGUUUAGGCAAAUUUCAAGACAAGCUGCCUAAAGAGAAAGAAGCAAGAGGAGUGGCUGCAAUCACACCAGGAGCUAGCCGUAAGAGAAAAAUGCCUCCUGUAUCUGGAACUCAGGAAAAAAGUGAAAAUUUAGCUAUUGUGGAAUCUAUUUUGAACAAAAAACCCAAAUUGAAUAUUGAGAAAGCUGUGGCUAGGCAUAUAAGGAGUGAAGAACAAGAGCAAUCACAAGAAAAGCAAACUUCUGGAAGGAAAAGUUCAAACAAUAGAGGUAAAGCAAAUGCCAAAAAGCCAAAAGGUGGAAAAGGUCAAAGAAAAGGAAAAAGUGGUGGUGGAAGGAAGAGACGUUGAUAAUAACAGCCAGUGUUAUUGUUCUGUAAAUAAAAAUCUAGGUUUAAGAAUUAUACAAACCUUUUUAUCAUACUGUGGAGAUAGUGAAUCCUUUUGGGCUGCCUUGUUCACAAUUUGAAGCAUAUAUUUGAAAAAACUGUUUCGGUUUUUUUUCACAACUGCAUCGUCGGACUUCAAACCACACAAUUUUUGGAUCCACUUUUUACAAAUUUCUUUGUCUGAAAUGAACUGUAGUUAUUUUCAACUGAAAAAUAUCUCAUGAUAGGUAUUCCUUUUGGUUUUGACACAUUGUUAUCAUAAUUUAUAAAAUUGUAAUUUUUCCUUUGCAAAUAUUUUUUUAAUCAAAGAUGUUUGUAAAUGUAGCUCAUAUAUCAAUAGAAUAUAUUUUAUUUUUGUUGAGCUACUAUUAUUGCAAGUUGUAUGUAACAAAACAAAUUUUCAUUAGUAUAUAAUGAAUAUUUUGUUAGUUAUGCAGUGUAAAAUUG